GCUAAGGAGAGUGGGUGGCAUUGCUCUGAGGCUGCCUUUUCUAUACUACCCCGUGGCUUCUGCUAUAUCUUUUUUGGGGAGCAGUUGCUUUCUUGGGGGGGCAGUCAAUUCAAUGUCCUUCUGUUUCUCUGGAUCCAAGAAAUUCUCUUCCAUCAGUCCUAGACAUGACAGGUGAGGAGUCCAUUAGUACUUUAGGUCUGAUCCUAGGAGUGGGUCUGUCGUUACUAGUGGUGUCCAUCCUUGGCUACAGUCUGGCCAAGUGGUACCAACACGGAUACUGCUGGGAGGGGCCCAACUUUGUGUUUAACUUGUACCAGAUCCGCAACUUUAAAUCUGGGGAGCUGGAGCUGGGUCCUCCCUUCACCAUCAGCGGCCACCUCAGCAACUCAGAAGGUGGCUAUAAGCAGUUCUAUGACAGGCCACUCUGAGGCAGGGGGAAUCCCCCGCUUCAGGGACCCAUGAGAGGAAGAAGUUCAUGCCUCAGCUACUAUCAUUGCCUGGGGUUCUCCUUUUUCCUCAGACCUCCACCUCCCUUUGGCCACAGGGGAAUGGCCCUGGUGCCCCUCACUGGAGAAUAUGAGGAUCCUCUCUGGAUCAGCACAAAGGAGAAGCUGGGUCUUCUGACAACACGGUGUUGCUAGAGCUAAAGAGAAGACAACUAAUCCUGGAGAGAAGAAUGGGUACCCCAUGGAGAAACUGAGGGCCUGCAGGGCUGCCUUUUGGUGACUUCAGCCUAACAUGGGGCAUUACCCAUUAGUUCCAUGUCUUUUGUUUUUUCCUUGGAAUCUCCUUCUUUACUUCCUUCCUCUCACAAGAAGGGAGGGAAGGAGACACGCAGCCAGACAAGAAUAAAGAGAUAGGAACUCUACCAAGGGCAUCAUUCACUUACUUCUUCCACUCCAGCCUGAGAAAUCAACAAUGCCUUUAAUAAGAGGAAAUCUAACUCUGGUCCUUGUUCUUCCCGGCAGGAGACAAUGUGGUCCUGGAUUUGGAAUCAGGGAACCUUAGCUUGAAUCCUGCCAUUUAUGAUUUGCGUGACCUUGGGCAAGUAAUUUAAUGCCUCUGGGCCUCAGUUUCCUUAUCUGUAAAAUGAAAGGAUUGGACGAGAUGACCUUUAAGGUGUCUUGCACCUGAAUACCUAUGAACCCUUUAGGAUCUUUCAUCUAUUCUGUCUAUCCUCUUAGGGCCACAUUCAGAGGCAGCUAGUUGGUGUAAUGGAUAGAGUGCCAACUGGCCCUGAACUCAGGAAGAGCUGAGUUCAAAUCUGAUCUCAAACACUUACUAGUUGUGUGACCUUGAGGCAAGUUAAUUAAUUUCACUGCAAAAUGGGGAUAAUAGCACUGGGGUUGUGAGGAUCUUAGCCCAGUGUCUGACAAAUAGUAGGUGCUUAAUAAAUGUUUACUCCAUUCCAUUCCACUUAGUAGCUGGGAGGAGCCUGUUCUUUGUACUGAUAAUUGGUUACCUCAGGGAAAUUAUGCUAGCUAUUAGGAGGUGGGUUUAUGAGUUUUUGUGAUGAAAAAAAAAUUCAUCUUGUGGUAACCAGCCUCUCCAAACUUAGCUAAGCUACUCCUCCACCACCAAGUACAGCACCAGGCCUUUCUAUCUGAUAGGACAGUUGUCACCUGAUAGUCCUCUGGGACCCAGGAUCACGGCUAUGCUACAAUGAUGUAGCAGAUGUCAGUGGAGUUGUUGAUGCCCCCCUCCUAAUUAUCUGUAGUGACAUAAAUAGCACAUAACAAAAGCUAGCUUCAAACAACAUUUUCUUUGAUUUUGAGGGGUUACAGGUCGACUUUUCUAAGGAUAUUUUAUAUUCCCAAAGCACUCACUGAUGGUGACACCAUAGAUAGAACACUGAGCUUGGAGUUAGGAAGACCCCUGGGUCUGAACCCUGCCCCAAACAUUUACUAGCUGUGUGACUCUGGACAAGUAAUUUAGCCUCUCUGGGCCUUAGUGUUCUCAUCUGUAAAACUGGGGUGUUGAACUAAAUGGCCUAAGAUCCUAUGAUAAUGAGACUGGGUGGUGGGAGGGGAAUAGAUAUUCCACAAAAUUCACACUGGGAAAAUCCAUAAUUGAACGUAGGUAACUACUUGUACAAAAAUAUUUAUAGCAACUCUUUUUGUGGUGGCAGAGAUGAGAAAUUAAGGGGAUGCACAUUAAUUGGGGAAUGGCUGAACAAGCUGUGGUUUAUGAUUGUGAUGAAAUACUAUGCUAUGAGAAAUGACAAGCAGGAUAGUCUCAGAAAAACCUGGAAAAACUUCCACGGACUGAUACAAAGUGAGAACAUUAUACACAGCAACAGCACUAUUAUAUGAAGAGCGAUGGUGAAUGACAGCUAUUCUCAGCAAUACAUCGAUCUAAUACAAUUCUAAAGGACUUAAGAUGGAAAAUGUUAUCUACCUCCAGAGA